AUGGAGCAGGACUCUUCAAACACUGCCGAGCAGGCAGCUGUGGUGCCCUGCCUUGGCUUUGAUGUCUUUGACAGGGUUCUCACAAGGUACAUGGACGAUCCUCAAGAUAUUCUCAACUUUUGCCUUGCGAACAAGGAAUACUAUGGAUAUUAUAUCGGCACUCUAUAUCGACACAAUGUCCGCUACGGUGGAAGCUCUGCCCUGGAAUGGGUUGCCGAGAGAGGGUUUCUGAGCGUGGUUUCAAGUAUUCUCGACGUUCCACGGGUGGAAGUGUUUGCUCCCAAAGAUAUAUGGGGUAAGAUUCUCAGCAUUGCCCAGAAACAGAACAACAUGCGCUUAGCUGAACUGUUGUUCGAGAGGCAACAUGUGCAGGAUUUCAUCCAAAUUGCGGCGGCAAUCAAAGCUGGGGGAUUAGUGAAUCGCUCGCAAGAGAUAGUCACGACACUAGACGACGAAGAAUUUAUGGAACUAGACGAAGAGUCCCUACUCGAGCCAAUGUUUGAAGCUGCCAAGAAGGACCAGCGGCGCCUCGUAGAGCUCUAUCUUUCCCAUGUCAGCGUGGAUCUACAAAACGCCGAUGGCUUGACCGCUUUGCACUGCGCUGCGGGCAAGGGACGUUAUGAUCUUGCGAAAUUUCUCUUGGAGGUGCAUGGAGCCAACACUGAGAUCCGUCGUAAUCCUGGUGGCUUCAGGCCCAUUGAAGUGGCAGCCCGCGACGGCCAACUGAGGCUUGUGGAGUUGCUUCUUUCAAAGGGAGCUGAACCUCGCUGGGGGGAUGGCGGUGCCUUCACCUGGCCAUUAACACUCGCAGCCAUACAUAGCCAUGAGGGCAUAGUCAGGUUCCUUCUGCAAGAUCCUCGAAUUGACCCCCGUAUACGGGACGGAAACGGCGAGUCGUGCCUGGAACUCGCUGCUUUUUCCGGCAAUACGGGAGUAGUCAACAUACUUCUUGAAGAUGGCCGAGCUGAUCCUAAUGAGCGCAACGGCAUGGACGAAACCCCCUUGGGAUUGGCUGCGCAGCGUUGCCAACAGGAAAUCGUUCGUCUGUUUCUUGACGAUGACCGAGUGGACCCAAAUGGACAACACACCAACGGCAUGACUCCAUUGUUGGCGGCCAGCUCCUCAAUGGGAAUACAGAGCAUACACGUCAUUAACAUGUUAUUGGAGGACUCAAGGGUCGAUGUUCACGCACAAGAUGACGACGGAUGUACCGCUUGCGUGCUGGCCGCGAAACAUGGUAUCCUCCGUAACGUCAAAGCAUUACUUCGGAAUCCCCAUAUUGACCCAAACCAGGGGGAUCACAACAAUAAAACGCCCGCCAUGUAUGCCGCCGCCGGCUAUAUAAGACCGACAGAAGCAACCCCCGUCUAUCUUAAAAGGAACAAGCAUCUCGUGCUGAAGGCUCUCAUUCUGGAUAAGAGAGUGGACCUGAACACAGUAGACGACAGCGGACAAACGGCGAUGCACUGGGCCUUGAGGAGAUUCAGACGAGAAAAUGUCCAGCUGCUUGCGGACUCGGGCCGAGUCAACUUGAACCAGGACUGCAACCCUGGGCGCCGCACGCCGACGGAAGCCUGUAUCCUGAAGCAUAACUCGUGUACUCAGCUGCUGCUCGAUUCUGGUUGCCUAGACCUUUCCGAGACGAAUUCACAAGGCGAAACCCCGCUGAUGUUUGCUAUCCGGAACUCUGGGAGCGACAACUGGCAUAUUGAGAGGAGUGUAUGGCUGAUGCUAGAGAAGCAACGAUGCGGCCGGCUGGACCUUAGAUACGACAAUGGGCUUACACUACUCGAACAAGCGGUUCAAGCGGGCUCGCAAAGAAUCGUGUGCAUGUUGCUCUUCACUGGCAAGGGGACUGUGACGCCGAGAGCGAAGGAACUUUGUUCGGAGGCAGUUAUCAGGGAGAUGCUGGACCAUCACCGUGGUAGACCCUCCAGGUGGUGGAAAUAUCAAACGGGAUGGAAGUUUCUAGGAAUAUGGAAGCUGGUGGUUUUCAUGAAUUUGCGCUGA